AUGUCGUCUCUUCCUGAGACUUAUCAAGCGUUCCGCCGAACAGAAGGCACUGCACCCUUAACAAUCGAGCAGGUUACAGAAAAGCGCCCGCCCAUUCAGCCGCACGAUGUCCUAGUUCGCAUCCAUGCAGUCUCGCUCAACUACCGCGACAUCGCCAUGCUGGACAACACUUAUCCGCAACCGUGCCUUCCCCGCGGAAUUCCCGCCUCGGAUUGUGCUGCCGAGGUUGUAUCCGUCGGAUCCGCUGUCAGUGGCUUCAAACCAGGAGACCGUGUUACCGCAAUCUGGGAUCUGACCAACGUGACCGGAACCGAGGAGCGGGCCCCAGAGGCUCUUGGUGGGGAUGUUGAUGGUGUGUUGCGACAGUAUGCCGUGUUCAAUGAACAAGUGCUUGUGCACUUGCCUGAGCACCUAUCCUGGGAAGAGGCAUCUUGCAUCACUUGUGCCGGAACCACGGCUUGGAAUGCCCUUGAGUUUCCUAGAAAUAGGGGCACAGCUCUGCUCCAAGGCACCGGUGGUGUGAGCAUGUUCGCGCUUCUGCUCUGUAUUGCAGCCGGCUUGCAGUCCAUCAUCACCUCAUCUUCCGAUGAGAAACUCGACCAGGCUCGGUCGUUGGGCCCCAACGUCAAGACCAUCAAUUACAAGAAGGUGGAAAAGUGGGAAGACGAAGUGCUCCGUCUUACCAAUGGUCGCGGUGCCGAUGUCGCUAUUGAGAAUGUGGGCCCUGCUACCGUGCGCCAGAGUCUUGCCUCUCUUGCCCAGCGGGGUACCUUAUCCCUGGUGGGAUUCCUUGGAGGACUCGAGGCGAAAGAAUUCCCCGAUCUAUAUCUCCCUGUCAUGGUCAAGCGAGUGACUAUGAGGGGUAUCGUUGUGGGUUCCAAGAUUGAUCAACAGGCUUUGUGUGACUUUUUGGCGGAAAAGAAAGUAUCCCUUAAGCCUUUGAUUGACGCUGUCUUUCCUUUUGAUCAAUCCAAGGAGGCUUUUGCUCGCCUCAAGUCUGGAAAGCACCAGGGAAAGAUUGUCAUUGCCCUAUAG